GUGGUGCAAGUUUUGACAGUACGGUUUGAACGCAGAGGAGUUAGAACGUAACAAAUAUGUUAAAAAAUAAAUGUUAUUAGUGUUUAUAGUGUGUUUUAGUGCUAAUAUGUGUUGUGUAGUGUAGUUUAGUGAUAUUGGCAUAUAAGGGAUUUGUUUGAAGAUGGCAGAAAUAAUCCCGAACCGCCGUAAAUUCGCGAUCAUCGUCAACGAGCCGAACCCCCUCAUCAUCCUCCUUAUCCUGACGCUGCUGGGACUAUGUUCGGCUCAGGUCAUCAACAGAGCUCCUCACUUCGUGCCUCAAGCUGGCGACAUGUCCCAGCUCAGUCUGCCGGAGGACACUCCUGUGGGAACACCAGUUUAUCAGCUACAAGGCAUAGACCCGGAGAAUAGUCAGCUGCGGUACUCCAUAUCGGGACAGUUUUUCACCGUGGACUCCCUUACUGGCGUCGUGACGCUGGCAAAGAAGCUGGACCGAGAGGAACAGCCGUCUUUAGAAGUCAUCAUUAGCAUUACAGAUGAAGGUGUCGCCAACACAGAUCCCAAUACGGUGUCCCUCAGAAGAGUGAUCCCAGUGAAAGACGUUAACGACAACCCCCCUGUGUUCCACAACAGACCGUACAUCCUCAACAUUAGCGAAGCGACCCCUGUAGGCAGUGAGGUUGAGCUGAACCCAAAGAUAUUAGUGACAGACCGCGACGAAGGCCACAACGCCGAGAUCAAGGUCACCUGUUCUACCAAAGACAGGGGCAGCGAUGCUGAGGCCUGUGCUACCUUCAGAGUCGUUACUGACAUGAUUUCUCCAAACGAAUUCCAAGCACGACUGUUCAUUCAACGACCGCUAGACUACGAGAGCCGCUCAGCCUACGUGUUGAGUUUAGAAGCAGCCGAUGCCUCUGACAAGCCUUUACGCAGUUUUGCCAGUGUAGCAGUUGCUGUAAGGGACGUACAGGACCAACCACCAAUAUUGAUCAAUGCGCCAUAUUCGGCUACAGUGCCAGAAAACACUCCACCGAACACCAGCAUAAUGGAAAUAGUAGCUAAAGACGGCGAUACAGCGCAUCCAAGACCAGUUUUACUGACCCUCGAAGGAGACAGUGGGCAGUACUUCAAGCUGCUGCCAGAGAGGCCUAUCGGACGUGCUGUGCUGGUCGCCUCUGACAAUCCUAUCGAUAGGGAGAGCGAUAUCGUCAUGCAAAAUGGAGGAGUUUAUAACUUUUUUGUUAAGGCUACAGAACUGAUAAACAACGAAGUGCCAUCCGACUACACAGUCACGCCAAUAACUAUAGUAGUAACCGAUGUUGAUGAUCAUAAACCUAAAUUUAAUAAAGACCAAUUUGAUAUUUCGAUCCCUGAAAACAUCGAAAACGGAAGUCCAAUACCUGGUCUAUCCAUUUACGUUGAAGAUAAUGAUAUUGGACAAAAUAGCAAGUAUGAUUUGUCUUUACGAGAUGUUUUUAAUUCGGAAGGAGUGUUUUCAAUAAGCACAGACCAUGGUGAAGGCAGAACUCCAAUUAGUAUAAAAGUAAAAGAUUCUUCUAGACUUGAUUAUGAUGUCAAUGACGAUGAUAAAAGACUAUUCAGCUUCGAUAUAGUAUCAUCUGUUGGUAAUAUAGAAUUGAGUUCAGCACGAGUUAAUAUAAAGCUUCUUGAUAUGAAUGAUAAUGCACCGAUAUUUGACCAAACGAGUUAUAAAUUUAAUGUAUACGAAAAUGCUCCUAUUGGGAGUUUGAUUGGUGAUGUAGCAGCUACAGAUAAAGACUAUGGUAUUUUUGGUGAAAUCGAAUACUCACUCACUGGUUUUGGAUCUCAUUUGUUCAAAACUGAUAAAGCAAAAGGCAAUUUGUACGUUGGUCAAUUACUGGAUUACGAAAAGCAGAAGAGUUACAGCUUGACCCUUAUAGCGAAGGAUGGAGGUGGUAAACUCAGUACUACCAGUGUGUACAUUGAGGUUCUGGACGUGAAUGAUAAUGCUCCUAUAUUUGAAGUUCCUGAGUAUAGUAGAACUAUAAGAGAUGGUGCGACUAGUUUUGAACCACAAUUCGUGGUUACGGCUACAGAUGCUGAUGGUCCAUCGCAAGGUGGUGGUCGAAUCAAAUAUUCUUUGGAAUCUGAUAACAGCAUCACCCACAAAGGCAAUGUAUUUGCUAUCGAUGAAGAUACUGGUGAGAUCGUGAUUCUUGAAAAGGUUGAAACCAUGGACACUCCUAGAGGACAAUAUGAACUUGUUGUGAGAGCUACUGAUUAUGGUAAACCUCCUCUCCACAACGAAACCCGCGUCUACAUCCGAGUAGGCGUGCCGGGCAACCAGCGCCCCACCUUCAAGGGCAACUACCACCACUACAAAUACACCGUCAACCAGCAACCCGACAUCAAUGAGGACUUCACUUUUGAGCUCAACCCGAUGAACUAUAAAGCUAGUAUCAAAGAAGACGCCAAGCCUGGGCAGAAUGUUACGAUGGUGGUGGCGAAUGAUCCGGAUGGGUUGGACGAUCUUUUGACGUAUCACAUUGUAUCGGGAUCUAAAGAUAACUUCGUUAUUAAUGAAAAGACUGGUCUUAUAACGGUAUCAAACGAUGCCAAUUUAGACCGCGACAUCAACGCAGACCGUUACGAAAUAAUAGUCUCUGCAGUUGACAGCGGUGUACCCAUUCCUGAAACCGCAACCACCACAGUAUUCGUCACCAUCCAAGAUGUCAAUGAUAAACCACCUAAAUUCAAUAUUACCGAAUCAACGACUUAUAUUUCAGAAAAAACUAAAAUCGAUGAUGUUGUUACACAACUAGUCGCUCACGACACAGAUGUUAACUCAGUUCUUAAAUACAGUGUCAUUGAUCCAAUAAAAGCUUUUUCCAAAGCUGGUGUCCAUUUGAAACCUAACGCACAAUAUGACUAUAAACACAUUUUCCGUAUCAAUGAAGAUACUGGUGAAAUUAUAGUCAAUGGUACAUUAGAUUAUAGUCAAGCUUCUAUAUUCAUUUUGACUGUUAAAGUAGUCGAUAUAAAUGCAGAGGUCGAAAAGGAUAAACAAUUCGAUGUCGUUGAACAUACCAUUUAUAUCCAACCUUAUGCUGAUAAAAAUCCGCAAUUUACAAACCCUGGUUGGUCGACUUCACACCCUAUAAUUUAUCAUAAGAUCAAAGAAGAACAACCUAUAGGUAGCACUGUUUUGGUGUUGAUAGCUGAAGACCCAAUAUCUGGACACUUAGUCUCAGGAUUCAAAGUCGUUAAUUCUGAAACUGGUCUGUUACAAGUGGAUCCUUUAAGUGGACAAGUAGUUUUAACAAAGCAUCUUGAUUAUGAAGAACUGACAACACCUAAUUUAACAUUAACUGUAAAGGCGACAAGUAAUGAUGGAAGUAAACAUACGAUGGCAAAAGUCAUUAUUGAAGUGAUGAAUUUGAAUGAUAAUCCUCCUAAAUUUGAUAAAGAGCUCUACAAAGUAAGCGUCCUAGAAUCAAUAAAGGACCAAGAGCAGAUUUUAACAGUGACGGCUAAUGAUGCAGACGCAGUUUUGACUGAAGAAGAUAAAGCUAGAGGAUAUUCUGAUAUACGCUACACGUUAAGAGGAGAAAACUCUGAUCUUUUCACCAUCAAUAAUGUCACUGGAGUUAUUAAGUUGGCCCCAAACAGAACUUUAGACCGCGAACGUCAAUCCGUGCUAAGGCUUGAGUUAGAAGCAGUGGACAUGCCGGAAGGAGGCGCUGAAAGACUGAAAACUACUGCCACUAUACUCAUCGAUGUUCUGGAUGUGGACGAUAAUGCGCCUUCGUUCGAGAAAGCUGUGUACACUGCGGUGGUUCCAGAAAACGUGCCAGUUGGCAUCAGCGUCAUUAAUAUUACUGCCAGCGAUCCCGACGAGGGGCUAGGAGGGGAAGUUAAAUACGAACUGUUAGAGGCUAAUGGUUUAUUCACAAUCGACGUGAACACCGGCGAGAUCAAAUCCCGCCGCGACCUGACCGGACGCGGCCGCACGGAUCCGUACCGCCUGCUCAUCGGAGCCACGGACGGCGGCGGACAUAAUGCCGAUACGUCAUUGUCGCUCUACAUCGGGGACGUCUCCGCCAACGACGGUGUGCCGCAUUUCAUCCGGCCCGCGCCGGGGGAACAGCUUAGCGUGAGCGAGAACGCAACAAUAGGCUCACCAGUGUUCCAAGCAGUGGCAAGUGACCCUGAUGACCCCACGCAACCGUCAGGGCGAUUACUCUACUCUAUACAACAGACGAAUGCCGACGCUAAGGCUUUUGCUAUAGACCCUCAAUCUGGCCUGAUCACAACCCGCCAGUCGCUAGACCGGGAGCGUAAAGCAUCAUACACACUAGUACUUCUAGUCACGGACCGUGGUUCGCCUCCUCAGCAGACGACCAGGAUUGUCACCGUAGAUGUCACAGAUGUGGAUGACCAUAAACCACACUUUGCUAGGAACUUGGAUGACCCACCAGUCCUCCUGACGACCAAAGAGGAGAUACCAGUCGGUACCAUCAUCGGAGAGCUUCAAGCUAUAGAUGAAGAUAUAGGAGACAACGCUGCGAUCGACUAUGCUAUCACUGCGGGGAACGACCUCGGACUGCUAAAACUCGAGCGCACCAAUGACAGCAAAGCUCUCAUAAAAGCGGCUGCGCGCAUUGACAGAGAGGCCAUUGCAAGGAUACUCAUCACUGUCAAGUGCUUCAAAUAUGGAACCAAGCCUAAGUUGAAUAAGGCUUAUAAUCGAUUGGAUCCCUCAGAAACGCAAGCCCUAAUCAAGAUUCUAGACAUAGACGAUCACCUGCCACAGUUCGAAAGCGCCAACAUGACAGUAGGAGUGCGACUAAACGUGCCCAUUGACACUGUCAUCGCCACUGUCAAGGCCACUGACAGCGAUCCUGACGCGUUACCUGUACAGUACAAAUUUGUGAACAUGAGCUUCGAGUCUCCGAUCCGAGCGCGGUCUUCCAGCAACGUCUCCGACGUGAUCUCGCUCAACAAUAACACCGGGGAGUUGCGUAUCAUGAAGAACCUCAUACACUACGCCGAUGGCAUAUUCCGAUUAACCGUCCGAGCUAAUAAUUCUGGAGACCCUGAAAGAUAUAGUGACAUCUUGGUCGAGGUGGUAGUGGUCCGCGAGCGUGACUUACUCCGCCUAGUAGUGAGCGCGCGCCUCGUGCCGGCGCUGCGGGCGCGCGUGGCCGCCGCCGUGGCCCCUAGAGGCCUACGCUUGCAGUUGCACGAGGCCGCCGCCUUCCACGACACUCCGGGACCGUGCUUUCAAUUCCGAAAGACCGACACCGGCGAAGCCCUAACUCCGAAAGCGAUGAAAGCCGUCAUCCGCUCCCUCGGCACCGAAUUUCAACAGAUCUUACAAACUUAUGACGUCCACAAUAUUACUAGUUGUGGUAUAUCUAGAGCGACGCACACACCGGCGCAACAUGCGUUGUUGGCGUUAGCUGGGGUGCUGCCUAUCGCUGCUUUAAUAGCGGCUUUGGUGUUAUGCUGUAUGCAUUCUAGCGCCAAACAACGGGCCCGGUCAGCUCUGCUCCUGUCUCGCGAGCCGCCAGCCACCAGUAACAUCUCCGCGCCGCCGACGUUGCUGUACGCUGAGCCGCUCUACAGAACCUAAACUGUCUGGCCCUUUAUGAGUUGUCUGUGGUAUAAAUGAAGGUGGGAUUCCAAU